AUGCGCACCUCCCCGAAUGUGAUCAUCACCGGCACCCCCGGCGUCGGUAAGACCGUACACUGCGAACAACUCGCCCAAGAUACCGGACUCAAGCACCUGUCCGUCAAUCAGAUCGCCAAGGAACGUGAUUGCUUCGAGGAGUACGAUGAGGAGCGGAAGAGUUGGGUUGUCGAUGAGGAUAAGUUGCUCGAUGCUAUUGAGGAUGAAGUGCUACAGGGUGGAUAUCUGAUCGAUUGGCAUGCUUGCGACCUCUUCCCCAAGUCCUGGAUCGACCUUGUCGUGGUUAUUCGAUGCCCGGAGACUUCUAUCCUGUAUGACCGGUUAAGCUCGAGAGGAUACCACGAAGAUAAGCUACAAGAGAAUCUCGACGCCGAGAUCUUCGGCGUUUUGAUGGAAGAAGCCCGUGAAGCCUAUGACGAAGAGAUCGUCGUGGAACUCAACAGCGAAAAGGAUGGCGACGUCGAUAGCAACUGUGUCCGGAUCGCGCAGUGGGUCGAGAACUGGAAGAAACAACAUGCCGAGGAUGCAGAAUGA